AUGGCUCUUUGGGCAGCAUCUCAAAGUCUUCGCGGUCCUGCAUUACAAGAAAUGCUUCGCACUUAUGAAAAGCAUCAAUUUCAUAUUGAAAUCAGAUGUACUUUUGCCAAUUGGAUUGAGAACCAGUUUUGGAAUUUAAGGCAAAAUCGCGAUGAAAUGACCGCAAUUUGCUUCCGCGAUGAAAUUCUGAAUCUUAUGAGGCAACAAGCUCAGCAGAAUCGGUUCCAGAAUAAUCCAGUCAAUUUAUUGGAGAUUGUUGUUGAAUGUCUCGAAACAGAAACUAGAUUAUGUCAAGAGGCCAUGAUGACAUUGCAGAGGACGGGAAACUCUUCGGAAUGGAAUAAUAAUAGUAAUAAUACGAACAUCUGUUCGACUGCUGAAGAUAUUAGAAGAGUAUGUAGUCAACUACAGUUAGUAACUAUUGAAGCUGAAAAUGGCUGGAAGAAUAUUCAACAACUUGGAGAAAAUCUCAAUAUUCUGUCAUAUCAUUGGAAUAAAUUUCUUUCUGAACACCCUGAAUGCAGAUAUCCUCCUACAGCUGGUGCUAAAUAUCCUCCAAAUCAGGUUCAAGCAUUUAAGCAACGCCAAGGUUUAUGGAAUGAUAUGCUUGAGAUUAUAAAAUGCCGUAGAGAAGCUGAAUUGACUAUUACAGAAAAUUUUACUAAGAUUGUUGAUGGUGUCAAGCUAUUGCACACGAAAGUUUUAGCCGGUCAGUUGUUUGAAUGGAAACAGAGGCAAAAAACAUUAUGUGGCAUAGAAAAUUUAACUGUCAAGCAUUGUGAGGAAUUAAAACAAAUUCAGUUAUGGUGUGAAAGCAGCUUAGAUGCCAUAUGGAGAACUAAAAUUUUGGUGGAACAGGUUCAUGCUGUAUGCGAUAAAAAUCUUAUGCCUAAUAAUGAGCCUGUGAAACCUAGGCUAGACAUCAUUUUUCAAGAGCUUGAAAGUCUUCUUUGUGAACUUGUUAAAGAAACCUUUAUCAUUAUGAAACAACCUCCUCAAAUUAUCAAAGUUGAAACUAAGUUUGCAGCCUCGGUUUGCUCCUUAAUUGGUACUAAGUUAAAUGCACUAUCUGGUUUAACGGACGUUAAAGCUCAUAUAUUAAGCGAAUCACAAGUUCGUAGUAUACAAAGCGGUAACUUUCCGCCUGACCUAGAAGCUAGUGGUAAAAUUUUGAAUAGUUGCAAGAAAAUUGGAAGGAGAGCCUCAACAAAGGGUGAAGAGAUGGUUACAGAACUGAAAUUUGCUAUAUUAUUCACGUCGGAAUUUGCUAUUCAGAAUAAAAAGAUUGUAGUUCGGGAUCUAUCUUUACCAACGGUAGUUAUAGUAAAUACCAAUCAGACCGCCAAUGCAAUGGGCACGAUCGUUUGGGACAAUUAUUUUUCUUCUCCGAAUCGCGAAGGUUUUGAAGUACCAAAAGAAGCAAAAUGGCCAAGUGUUGCGCAUAUGUUAAAUACAGAAUUUCAAAAUAGAGUUGGUAGUGGUUUAACUGAGGAAAAUUUGCAAUUUUUAGCGUCAAAGUUAUUAGGUGAUAUGAAUCCGAUGAAGGUGGAUUUAUCUUGUGCUGCUGUUAGUUGGCAGAAAUUUAUUAAGAUACCCAAUUCAGAAUUUAACCAACCGUUCUGGAAAUGGUUUUACACCAUUAUGGAUUUAAUGCAAAGUAACACAGAGCUUAAAGCAAUUUGGUGUGAAGGGUCAUUUGUUGGAUUUAUCACUAAAGAACGAGCGAAAGAAAUUUUAUUGGGUUGUGAUCCGGGAACUUUUCUACUAAGAUUUAGUUCCAGAAAACCUAAGGCCAUUAGUAUUUGCUACACAGGGAUUGGAGAUAUGGGUCAAAAAGUUGUGGAGUUUCCCCAACCUCUUGAUGAAAAGAACUUUACUGCAUUAAAGACAUUAUCAGAAUGUUUAAUUGACAUUCCUCAGUUCGUAUAUGUUUACCCGAGAGGGAUCUCCAAAGAGGAAGCCUUCCGUAGUCAUACUAACAAAGCACCGAAGCUACCAAAACAAGUGAAUGAUGCAACAUCAAAGGAAAAUGGUAAUAGUAUCUACGUUCCUUUGUUAACGUGGAAGUUAAUCCUAAAUGGAAACACCAAUUCUGGUUCGAUGUCUACAUGUACAACUCCAGCUCCAGAGACGCCUCAAUCAAUGACAACAACAGUUGAGACAGAAUGCGAAAUGCCUGACCUGAGCGGAAACUAUAUGGAGCCACAUGAUAGCAUUGCUGACGAAAUCAAUAUUCGUGAGAAUUUGCAAGCGGAAUUUCCAGAUCAAGCGAGCUUUUUAGGUCACUCGUCAUAUGAUAAUAGUGUAAUGUGA